AAAACAUGGCUGCCACGCUGUCGUUUCGGUGGCUGGAUAUUCUGGAAAAAGAAUUUGACAAAGCGUUUGUCGAUCUAGAUCUGCUUCUAGGAGAGAUAGAUGCAGAUCAAUGUGAAUUAACGUUUGAUGGCCGCCAAAAAAUGACAGCACUUAGUGCUGCAUUUGCUCAACUCACCCACAAGGCCCAGACGAUCUUCGAACGAAACAUGAAAUUGGAGGCUCAGCUGGUGGGCAUGAGGACGGACAUCUUGGACCUCCAGUCCAGCAAGGAGACGGUGGAGAAGGAGCUGCACACCUUGUUACUGCAGCUACACGCCUCGCAGCUGGAGCUACAUGAGCUCAGGGGACUCGAGGUCGACUCGCAGGAGAUCAAGAAGAAACUGGAGUCUGAGAUGGCUGGUCGUCAACAGAGCGCCCAGGCACUGGCUCGGCUGGAGGCUGAGGUGAAGAUGUACCGUAAGGAUAACCAGGAGCUGCGUCAGUACAUCCUGGCCCUGCAGAGUGAAGUCUACGGCGCCCGGCUGGCAGCCAAGUAUUUGGACAAGGAGCUGGCUGGCAGGAUUCAGCAGAUCCAGCUGUUGGGGCGUGACAUGCGCGGUGCGGAGCACGACAAGCUGUGGAACCAGCUGGAGGCUGAGAUCCACCUUCACCGACACAAGACGGUCAUACGUGCUUGCCGAGGACGCAAUUUCCGCAAAAAGAAGCUGCCCGUACCACCUGGUCACAACUUCCAAGAGCUGAAGAGGAGACACGGCCUGGGGGACAAGCGUGUGGUCACAGUACACAAGAAUCCGGACGAGGGACUCGGCAUGUCUAUCACUGGUGGCAAGGAGCACGGCGUGCCCAUCCUCAUCUCCGAGAUCCACGAGGGACAGCCCGCGGAGAGGUGUGGUCAGCUCUACGUAGGGGAUGCCAUCUUGUCCGUUAACGACGUAGAUUUGGCUGAAGCCAAGCACGCCGAAGCAGUGAGGACUUUAUCUCAGCAGCAAGGGGACAUAACUCUGCAAGUCAUGUUUGUGGCGCCAGAUGAGGAGAGUGAUGAUGACAACAACGAGUAUGAGGACGAGUACGGCUUUAGGUAUCGUAUAUUUGACGAGGAUGUUAUGGGCCACAACUCCGUUGAAGCCUUAGCCAAUGACCUGUCCCCUGCACUGAACGGGCCGACGUACUCCACUGCCACGCAGUCCUCUUAUCCUUCUGUUCCUGCUAGUCACAGCAAGCAGAGCGGGCCGGAAGGACGAGGUCCGGCGGUGACCAUCCCCUCAGACGCAUCCACUCCGGCUGCGCUGGCCGUGGCAGUCCAACACCAGAUGGUCCUGGAGAGUAAUCCGCUCAACAGCAGCCUGAACAACAGCAGCAAGGCCAACGGCCUGUCCCAACCGGCCAAUCUACAGACUGUGGCCGCCCAGUCCCACAGCUCAGUAGAACAGACGGCCGGUGUGGGUGGUGGUCAGUCCAGGGGGUCGGUCAGUGGGGACGGAGGAGGAGGAGGAGCAGCAGGUGCUAGUCAGGGGGGAGGGAGGCAAUAAAGAGUGAUAAAGACAAAGAGAGGACUCUAGUGAAUACAAUCCGCGCAGUGCCUGGCUGUAGUGGCUUACUCGAGAAGAGAAGCAGAGAGGGUUGAGAGCUCAAUGGACGUAGCUGGAAUUCCAGAUAACUUUUUUUUUUUUACCCCAUGGAGGGAAAGAUGUGUUGUUAGAGAUUUGUUCAACUUGAAGGUUUUGUGUAUUGUUUUGCUCCUGACUCAAAAGCUGUUGUGUUUGUUUUUUGAGACUGGUUACCAUCCUGAUAAGAGGGAGGUUUGCGUAGUUGAGAUGUGGGUGGGUUGGACUCUGAGGUCUUUACAACAAGAUUAGUUUGUUGACCUCCUGUCCCAUCCUCUGUGUUCUCCCAGUGAUUCUCUACUGGGUCAAAGUCCUCUUUCACUAGUUUACGUGUGGGUCUUGGGGUCUUCAAGCAUUCUUUGUUUCCUGCAUUGGCACUAGCAUGGGAUCAAUGUUGUUUCAGUUAAACCAGAGGGUAGGGGUUAAAUAGCAGUCGAGUGAAAAAGUAACGGGAAGCAGCAAUCUCAAAUGAAUAAAUAAAGGCAAACUGGCUGUGUUUCGAGUCUGAACCUACCUCAUUGCUUUUUUUGUGCAAUAAUGGAGGGGACCAAAAGGUUUCAAAAGGCUCGCAUAAAGGUGGUGAUGUCAACGUUUCUGUUGGUGAUCCAUACAAUGUAAUGGAGAUAUUACUGACUAGAUAGAAAAAGAUGGUUUAAUAUAUUUUUUAAACGUGCAUAUUCCUGUAAGAGAUUGAGAUAUUGUGAUACUGUGAUCAGACACUUAUGUUUGGGCUGUUUUGGUAAAAAUGUUGUUGUCUUUUUUUGUUUUUUUUUGCUUUAUGUUUCUUUUUCGUGCUAGUGUUCUGCUUUCUUUUUUUUUCUGCUAGGGAAGGGUUUUGGGAAGAUAUUUUAAAUAAAUAUUACUUUUGUCUUUGAUUUCCAUGUCGUAUAUGUUCAGCUGAAUUACUCCACAUGCCAUAUGUUCUUGUUCUGUCAAGAUUUUUGUGAAUGUCAAGUUAUAUAUUGUUUUGUAAAUAGUCGUUAAUUUAUUUUUCUUGUUGCUUGGUGACGUGUGUUGUUACCGGGUGGCUUGGUGGCGCCUUCUGACACGGACCACAGGUUGAAUAUAGCUUUGCUUUAUUUAUGUUAAAUUUUAUGACUGACCACUCUCCAUAAGUGUACAUAUUCUCAUCGGAGUGUUUCUUUGUGACUGCUUAGUUUCCUGUGUGGUUCGUGACCUUUAAUUUUGGGAAAAUAUCCUUAGACCUUACCUUGAGUUGCUUGUAGUGGGCCAAGCAAUUUAUGUUUAGCUCAGGUCAUCAGAUCUAAUGACAUUGUUUACUAAAUUUGCUUUCUACAUUUUCAAGUCCGUUAGAUAAAAAGUCCUCUUGGUCCAAAACUAGGAGCUGUUCUGCCUGUCUCACUGGAUUAGUAAACUUGUAGACUCUCUUUAUUCUCUCCUCUAUGUUUUUUCACUCUAUCUCACCGAGUCAAUCACUUACUCAGAACAAAGUUUUUAAAACUGUUUCUGUUGGCGUCAAGUUGUGUAUUCUCUGUUGUUCCUGAAAUUGUACUGACAGAGACAAGUUGGUCUUGGAAUUUAUUAUUACUUUUUUUUUUCUUAGGCGUUUUAAAGACAUGUGUAUUUGUUUCCACCAAAUUGCUCCAUCAUUAGCCAGGCAUUCAUUCCAGUCUUGUAACAUCCACACAAAGUGGAUGUCGGAGGGCACUUUUCUUUUUGCCUCGACAUUUUUCAUUUGUUAUUCACCCAUCUUCAUGUUAUUCACCCAUCUUCAGUUCCAGAUUUCCAAUCCAGUUCUGCACAGACAUAACAAUGUGUGACUUUCAUUACUGCUACCACGACAUAAGAGCUACCCUUGUCAGGAAGAAAAAUGGUAGCCUUUUCACUCAGGUGCAGAAAUGAUUAAUGAAAAUUGUUGGGUAUAAAGUAUCUUUUGGUGUUAGGUGUAAAUUUGACUAGCAGUCGUAAGUUCAGACAUUAUAUUUGUCAUUGUCUCAUCGGUAUGAGCAGACCACAUACUUCACUAAAAAUGUUGAAAUGUCAGAUCAUGAGAAAUGUGAAUAUGAGGUUCCUGAAAUUCAGGCACUGAAAAUUUCAUAACUGAUAGACCUGGACAGUUCUCCCUUCAAAUUACAAUGUGUUUUCAUGGCCACCAUACGUCUCGCAAUUUGGAGUAGGCCUAGGUCUUCUUUUCCUAGAUGUUACUCGGUUUUACUCUUGAGAAUAUUUUUGUUUCUGAAUGUUUUUUUAAUGUUAACUGUUUCUUUAAUUUUAGAAAAAGAUAUUUGCAAUUUGCAGGUGAUUUUCUUUGCAUUAGGUUUUCAAUUAUGAGAAGCAUUGCUGUUUAAUUCGCUUUAUAUAAAUCGACAUUGGUGCUGCGCUUGUUUUUGUGUAGCUUUGAUUUCAACAGAUUUCUUUUUUUUAGAUUUUCAACAGAGCUAUUUUAACACCUCAAUAUAUUAUCACUAUAUAUCAACAAAUAACUUUUGCUUUCAUUUAGAUCCAGCUGGAUAGACUGAAGCUUACCCAGCUUGACUGGAUGGAGAGAGUGCAUUUUUAUUGUGUUGUAACCUUGCACUUUGGUACCCUAAAAUUUGCCCGAUGGGUCAGGCAACCACAUUGGGGCUUGUCAAUAGGAGAACUUUCUGUUUGUUAUUUUAGGAUGAGGAGGUUUUAUACAUGCAUCAGUACUAUAAUUCUUUUACUUUGACUUUCUGGAAAUAAAAUAGGCAACUUUUAGCUGAUGGUCCUUGCCAAGAAAUCGGGUGUGUUUCAUCCAAUGAACAUAUGAUUAAUACCAAAGUUUUGGUUGUCAGGUCUACCAGUGGCUCAUCUACACUUAUGCGUCCUAACAUCGAUGAUAUAUUGUGAUUUCGAAAACACUCUCUGUCUUAUAAACUGUUCGUCAAAACAUUUAUCUCAAGUAAUAGUUUUGACAGAAUGAUAAAUACAGAGUGUUUGAAGUGACUAUUCUCAUCUCUGUACUGGGAGAUUUGCAUUCAGAGUUACUUUUAGAACUCUGUGGGUGUGUUAUAUUUUAAAUUUUAUCAGUAAAUGUGCAAUUCUUUGAUCAAGACAAAGCCAUAGUGUGUGUGUGUGUGUGUGUGUGUGUGUGUGCCUGUGCGUGUAAGCAUAUAGUCCCAUCCCUUUCAGAAAGUGCAAUUUUCCAUCUCUGUUGAACAAUGACUCCACCUAGUUCUGGCUGCACAGUGUUUGACUCCGUUGUCCUGAGCUGUGUAUGUGUACUGGUAUGUCGUGGUAGAUCAGAUGUGCUGCACAUGUGUCGAGCAAGCUUGAAAUGGGAUCUGAGUGGUGUGAGCAUCUAGAGGCAUACAUAUUGAAGGUUAGAUCAAAGUAUGUGCAUGUGUUUGCCCCUAGCAUGUGAAUGUUAAAUUAUGUUUUAGUACAAUUAAAGCAUUUUCCAGGUUGGAACGUCUUAUUCUUAACCUGUCAGAAAAUAAAUGAUGCAAAGAAGGAUGUCCCAAUAUGGGUGGCAUAGUUGGAGAAACCUUUGUUCCUCUUUUUGAUUUUUUAAAAACCCACACAAAAAAACAAGUGAGAUUCGUAGUUAUUUGACACAUUGACACAUAAAUUACCCGUCCAACGUGUUUGUGAAAUUUCAACCAUUUUUAAAGAUUAUACACUUUUGUUCCAAGAAAGGACUCAAAUUAUUAGAAUGCUUCCAUUUUGUGCUCUCCUUGACAAAAAAAAAAA